CCUCUUUCAUCACAACCAUCAUCAUCCCACCAACCAGGAAUUUGCGAGGAUAUCAUCCUUACGACUGCGGUGUACUCUCAGGCCAACCCAACUUUCAAUUAUUUCAACGCUAACCGCCGUCGCCGCCAGCGUGCGUAGUCAUGGACCGCCCUUCCCAUCUUUCUGUUGUCAUCGACCUCGAUCCAUCCCGUUGGGAUACUUUGAACCUUUCCCUAUUCCUCUCUCAUUUGUUAGGUUUCUUCAAUGCCCAUGUCGCUGCCAAGCAUGAAAACACUUUGGCUGUCUUUGGCGCAUUCCCCGCCAAGAGGUCCCUUUACAUUUUCGCAUGUUUCGUGGCAUCUCGAGCACUCACAUGUUCCGCUUAGCGUCAUGCUCUAUUCAUCAUCUGAUCCCAUCGCUGAAAUACCUCCGAAUGAUGCCAAUUCUUACCCGCCCUUCAAGCUCGUCGAUUCGACUGUGGUGAAUCGCAUAGCUCGAGAGCUCGAGCUCAUCGCCGACGACGAUCUUGAUGCGCCCGUCGCAUUGGUGGGCGCCCUGACAAAGGCCCUUUGCUAUAUCAAUAGGCUCACUGUAGAAGCCAAUGCAGCCACUACCAGUUCUACAGAUCAGUCGUUGGAGCCUGUUGCCCUCCCAGAUCCCAGAAUUCUUAUCGUUUCCGUCUCCCCUGAUAUCACUUCGUCUUAUAUCCCCGUCAUGAACUCCAUUUUUUCUGCUCAAAAACUAAAAGUCACAAUCGAUGCCUGUCAGAUAUCAGGGCCUGAGAACGUCUUCCUACAGCAAGCUACUCAUCUCACCGGCGGUUCUUUUAUUUAUGCCGAACGUCAGGAUGCUUUGCUGCAAUACCUCAUUAUGGCUCUUUUGUCCCCACCAUCUGUCCGUCGAACGAUAGCCGUUCCCACGCAAGAUAAAAUUGACUUCCGUGCAACGUGUUUCUGCCACAAGAACAUCGUAGAUAUCGGAUUCGUCUGCUCUGUUUGUUUAUCUAUUUUCUGUCAACCGGUCCCCGUCUGUUCAACGUGUCGAACCAAGUUUCCCAUCAAGACGCUUCAGAAACUCAACAGUUCUAGGCCUCCCUUGCCACAAUCAAACAGCUCAAGGGCUCCCACUCCAUCGUCGUCGUCGGCGCGGCCGUCCACGACACCGCGCCCUCCGGCAACCCCACCGACAGGAAGCGAUCAAAGGCAUUUACCUCGUUCCGUUGUCAAUGGCCAUGCUCCAUAAAUCUCAAUUCUUGACAUGGGACGGCUAGUUC